GUCAUCACUGCCGCCAUAGCUAGAUCUAAGCAACCAAGGGAAGUGGGGAGUGGGAGGAGUGGCUCACGCAGACAUCGGCUCGGACAAAGCUCUGCCAUCUACAACUAUUGGGAUGCGAGCACAGAUCAUAGCUUAUUUGAGAAUCCCCAUCCUUUUACAAGCACUGAAUCUGCGACAUCCAGCCUAUUGGAACAACGAGGAGUUGUGAAAUUUGAGGAAUAUUGCAUUGUGCGGACCGGAUUGGCAAAGAAGCGUUUCAUCUCGUUAUGUAAUUCCACGGGCGCAGCGCCUGGAUGAUUAUGUACACACCGCUGGACUUCCAGCAAGAAUGACGAAAUCAUAGCGUUGUGAGGCAUGGAAAGAGGAUUUGCCGAGGACACAAUAUGUUUUUGUUUCUAACAAAAAUGCAGUGGGAAUUCAUAUGAUUGCACAUUGUUUUUCACAUCUGAGGCGCUAGUUGCUGGCCCGAUAUUCUGAUGCUCCAGUGACCGCUAAACAAAAAACGAGGCACUGUCUGCCUGUUUCAAAGGAAGGUACUUAGCUGCAGCAGUACCAAUGAGCUUCCAGACAAUGGCGGGGCCUAACCAAUCUCAGCAAGAGCAGCAGCAGGUAGAGGAGAAAACCAAUCAAAUUGAUGAUGCAGAGCUAGCUCUUCAGGGCAUCAAUAUGCUCCUAAACAACGGGUUUAAAGAGAGCGAUGAGCUUUUCAGAAAAUACAGAACCCACAGUCCUCUGAUGAGUUUUGGAGCCAGUUUCGUCAGCUUCCUGAAUGCAAUGAUGACCUUUGAGGAGGAGAAAAUGCAAACAGCAUGUGAUGACCUGAAGACAACAGAAAAGCUUUGUGAGAGUGAUGUUGGGGUCAUUGAAACCAUCCGUAACAAAAUCAAGAAGAGUGUGGACAGUCAGAGGCCUGAGUUGACUGUGGUGGAUCGUCUCCAGAGGCAAAUCAUUGUGGCUGACUGCCAGGUUUACCUUGCUGUCCUCUCCUUUGUGAAACAGGAACUCUCAGCUUACAUUAAAGGAGGCUGGAUCCUCCGCAAGGCUUGGAAAAUGUACAACAAGUGCUACAGUGACAUCAAUCAACUGCAGGAGUCCUGCCAUGAGAGGUCGCCCACCCAGGAGGAGGCGCUGUCCACGGACCAGGCCAAUCAUAACAUGCCAGCGGCUGAGGCCGAUGUGAUCACGGAAGAUACCCUCAACCGCCUGAAAGGCUCUGUCAGCUUUGGCUACGGCCUGUUCCAUCUCUGCAUUUCCAUGGUGCCACCCCAUCUCCUCAAGAUCGUCAACCUGCUGGGCUUCCCCGGCGACCGACACCAAGGCUUAGCCUCGUUGGCAUAUGCCAGUGAAAGCAAGGACAUGAAAGCCCCGUUAGCAACCUUGGCACUCCUGUGGUACCACACAGUAGUGCAGCCCUUCUUCGCUGUGGAUGGAUCGGACUCGCAAGUUGGACUACUGGAGGCUAAAGCCAUCUUACAGAAAAAGUCAUUGGUGUACCCCAACUCCUCUCUCUUUAUUUUCUUCAGAGGACGAGUGCAGAGGCUUGAGUGCCAGAUCAACAGUGCUCUUGCAUCUUUCCAUCAUGCUUUGGAGCUCGUCUCAGACCAGAGAGAGAUGCAACAUGUGUGUCUGUAUGAGAUCGGUUGGUGCAGCAUGAUUGAGCUGAACUUUGAGGAUGCUUAUAAGGCAUUUGAGAGACUGAAGAAUGAAUCUCGGUGGUCACAAUGCUAUUAUGCUUACUUGACUGGAGUGUGUCAGGGGGCCUCUGGAGAUCUAGAAGGGGCUAGAGGCAUCUUCAAAGAUGUGCAGAAGCUUUUUAAACGGAAGAACAAUCAGAUUGAGCAGUUUGCACUCCGAAAGGCUGAAAGGCUUCGAAAAACAUCUCCUACCAGAGAGCUUUGCAUCCUGGGAAUAGUUGAGGUGCUCUAUCUGUGGAAGGCUUUGCCCAACUGCUCAGCCACGAAACUCCAGGUCAUGAGCCAAGUUCUACAAGGUCUGGAGGACCCGUCUAGCUAUGGUUUGAGACAUCUGCUCCUUGGUGCCAUACAGAAGUCCCUUGGAAACAUUAAAGAUGCAGUUCAGUCUUUCCAGCUGGCAGCCAGAGAUGAUCUGGGCAGGCAGACUAACUCAUAUAUACAACCUUAUUCUGUCUACGAACUGGGCUGUAUGCUGCUCACCAAACCUGAGACGGUGGGAAAGGGACGGUCGUUGCUUCUUCAGUCAAAGGACAAUUACACUGGAUAUGACUUUGAAAAUCGACUACACGUCCGUAUCCACUCUGCCCUGGCAUCUAUGAAGGAAGUGGUUCCCCAGUGAUGCCAGUUACAGAAGAUUAUUGUUCAGUUCCACCCCCACCUCUGACCUCUGCACUUUUUUGUCCUUUCUUAACAACAAUUAAAAGCCAUCUAAGUUGACAGUGAUAUACAUUUUACAAAAAAACAUUGUAUUGUUACAUUACAUGAUUUGUAUUCCUGUGAAACUGUGUGACUAAUUAUUGGUCUUCAGUAAUUCCAUUUGUUAAUUCCUAAUCACUCGAGGAUCAAGGUUUUAAAAGGGUAUGAUUUUGAACCGGUGAGCAUUCUAUUUUGGUGCAGGGGGAUUAUGAAAAAAGUCUUAAUGCCAUGUGUUACACCACAAUUCAGGCGUUUUCAGGUGAGGACCAUGGCUUUCCUGUCUGAACAAUACCUCGUGUGUGUUCCAUCUAUUGAGCUGUGGAGUCCAUUGGUGGAACCCCUGGUCGGUCUUUUUUGCCUCAUGAAUGCCGUUAUACAUAUUUGUUAAAAGAACAGCAAACAGUUUGGCAGCUGAUGCAUGUCGGCAGAGUCUGAAUCAAACUCUGAAGGGUUUCAUUUGUUUUUAAAUUACAUUAGUAAUGUUUUGUUGAAUAACUGCUUUCUGGGCAUUUGGGAUUAUAUACUACUGUCCUCUUGCAAUUACGUUUUUUUAGGUCACAAGAAUCCAGCAAAAUAUAGUCCGAUUUACCAAGAAGGUCAUCCCAGGUUAUUCGUAUUUAAUUGAUUUAUGUUGAUAGACAUUCUGUACUUUUCCUUAUAAUUUAUUAUCAUGAUUUGCAAGUCAAAUAUAACAUCAUCUCAGGCCACCUGACAGUCACUUUUGAGCCCUGUGCCACUUGCCUCUUUAUUGAAAUCCUCAUGACCUUAUUAGUAUGCUUAAAAGUAAUCCAGGCAAGAUUCCCUACACAUUUCAUAGUAGUUCAAACUAGUGCUCACUCCCAACAUAGUACACACACAAGUAGCUUAAUAGAUGAAUACUUAAGAGUGUCUCUUAUUGGAGAUAACCAGUGCAUCCUUACAGUAUAUUUGCCUUAAAUUGGCAACAUCAGUGUUUUCCAGAGUGUCACCAUUUGUGUUUUUACUACUUGUUGUUUUUUUUUGAUUAAAAUAGAUUUUAGAAAACAUUCAGAUGGAAUCUCAUUGAUCACCAUACUUAAUCACUAAACUUACAGUGAGAAUUCCAUCAAGUUCUGGCCAUCCCUCUAAUCUUUACAUUAAAUGCGCUUUGUCAGAACAACUGACAGUCAUUUUCCUUACUUCCAUACUAGUGACAAGUGCAGCUCCCAGACUUUAAUGCUUGAAGCAGGGUAUUAGGAUAUCACACACAAAAUAUGCACUUCGAGGUGUGGGAAAUGAGCAAUAAAGAAUAGUUGUUUAAAAAGCGUACUGAUUCUGUGGAAGGUCGUUAAGAAAAGCUUUGCUGCACUUUGUUCUCAUGUGUGCUUUGUCUCAUUCUCAAUGUACUGUUGCAAGGGUGUAUUUGUUUUGAUCUAAUACUUGUGUGUAAAUGUGUAUGUGGCUUCCCACCCAAAUGUCAAGUGGUUUGAAAAUAUUGGCGCACUGUUCAUGUGACCAUAUCAUGUCAUGGUAUCGAAUGGCUGGGCAGUCAUCUUGCAUAGACAUCCAAAACGUUUUACUCUCUUACAAGGGAUGCACAACAUCAAUUCACUGAUGAUGAACCUACGCUUGACCCUAUGCUUUCAAGUCCCAAGCUUUUGUCUGGACAUCUGCAAAAGACAUUGAAAUGAGGCUGGGAUUGCCAAGGAUCAUUCUUCUUGUAACUGCUUGGCUUGUGACCAGAAAGUAUUGAGCAUAAAGUGUGUUUUGUGGUGUUUGAAGGACUUGAGUUGUGCAAUCUCUCUGUAGGCCAUGCACUGUAAUGGGUGCCAAGUCGUCUACAAAGUCUCAGGGGAUGGGGGAGUUGCUAUGAAAGUGAAAUGGUAAAUUUUCCAGCAGGAACUGGUUUUCCUGCAUGUAGUUUUUUCUCUCUAAAACUGGGUUAACAGUAACAAUAAAGUACAAUAUUACGAAUGACCUGAA